UUCCAUCUGGCAGUCUGACUAAAUAACGAUGAAUAAGUUAAUUGGAAUAAUAGUUUUCUGUACAUUGGUUUUCAGUGUACAGAAUUCUAUGAUUGAAAGUGAUUCUGCAACACUGCCUAAGAUUGACGCGUGGUGGGGCCCAGAAGAUGGAAAAGCAAAUCAGGAUACCAGCAUCAGACCAUUUAAGAUUAAAUUUGAGGAGGAGAUGAUAACAGACCUCAGAUACCGUCUGAAGAACCACCGCCCUGUUACCCCUCCACUAGAAGGCUCAAACUUCACAUACGGCUUCAACACCAACAAUUUGGAAAACUGGGUUAACUAUUGGGCUGAUUCCUACAACUUCACAGCUCGGGAAGAGUUUAUGAACCAAUUCCCGCAUUUCAAGACUAACAUCCAAGGCCUUGAUAUUCACUUCAUGAGGAUCAAACCUGAGGUUCCUGAAGGUGUGGAAGUGAUCCCACUCCUGAUAUCGCACGGAUGGCCCGGUUCCUUCCUAGAGUUUUACAAAGCUGCUCCUUUAAUAUCUGAAGCUUACGAGAAAACUGGUUUCGCUGUUGAAAUUAUAGUACCAAGCUUGCCUGGAUUUGGAUUUUCUAGCGGAGCAGUUCGACAAGGAUUAGGUGCUUCUGAAAUAGCAGUAGUAUUCAGAAAUCUGAUGCACAGAAUUGGUCACAAGACUUUCUAUAUCCAAGGUGGAGAUUGGGGAUCUGUUAUUUGCGCAAGUCUCUCCACUUUAUUCCCCGAUGAGGUUUUAGGUUUCCAUUCGAACUUCGCAGUGUCAUAUGCGAUAGGAACAUGGGCAACUUGGUUCGGUGGUUUCCCAAACAAAGCUUUCCAAGACUUGAUUGUUCAGCCAUCGAUGGCGAACAGACUGUUUCCUCUUGCUACAGUAUUUUUGGGCACUGUAGCUGAAUCUGGGUACAUGCAUUUACAAGCUACUAAGCCUGAUACGUUAGGUGUCGCUUUCUCGGACAGUCCAUCAGGUCUUCUCGCCUACAUCCUGCAGACAGUCUCUGGCGCUAUUCGGAGCACCAACAAGAACAGGGAAGAUGGCGGUCUCUACGACUAUUUCACUCAGGACGAACUAAUUGAUAAUUUAAUGGUUUAUUGGAUGAACAACGCCUUUACGACUUCCAUCAGAAUCUAUGCUGAGUCUUUGAAUACAAGGAAUGUUAAUGCAGGAGUACACUCAAUAAAAACUACAGUACCAUACUGGUCUCUUCAAGCUCUGAAUGAGCUAAGAUACUUGUCUCCGGCUAUGUUGAAACAGAAGUUCCCCAACCUUCUGAACCAGACUAUCUUGGAUGAUGGAGGGCAUUUCUUGGCUUGGGAGCUUCCUGAAGUAUUCUCCGAGAGCGUACUCACUGCCAUCACGGAAUUCAAGAAAGUACAAAGCAAUAGGAUCUGCAAAGUUGAAUUGUAAAGAUUUU